ACAUAUAAUCUGAAACUAUAAAAAAAAUUUCUUUUUUUCAUUUUUUAUUUUUAUUUUAUUUAUUUUUGUUUGUUUAUUUAAUUUUAAACCAAGGGUAUUAGAGAUAUUUUACCCUUUAAUGAAUGUCAUUUUUGUGAUUUUUUCUUUCUAGUGCCAUUAUGAGACAAAAACUCAAAAGGUGACGUUCUUAUGGAGGUAUUGUUUCCAAUCUGUUCUUCAUGCGAUUUGGAUGGAGAGGAAUACUAGGCGUGUGGAGGAUAAAGCUCUGCCAACUUCUUGUCUUAUGGUAAAGUUGGACAAACAGGUCAGAAACAGAAUUACUUCUUUGAGAAGAAAGAAUGGAGGUAAAUAUGAGAAAGCAAUGGAGGAAUGGUUUAAAAGAAGGUGAAGAAAGGAGUAUAGAAGUUAAGCAAUAGAUAUAAGUUCUUUUUUGUAAUACGAAGCAGUCCCCUCUGUAAAAAAGUUUUUUUGAAGUGAAUAAAAUUUAAAAUUCUUUCAAAAAAAAAAAGAUAAUUGCCCAAUAAAUAAAUAAUUAGAACGUAAUUUUUAAGAGUGCAAUAUCAUUUUAUUCAAAUGAAGCCGUAGUACUCCUAAGUCCUAACACUUUUCUGCACAGAAAAAAAAAGUAAUUAGAUCAACCGAAUAUUUUAAAACAGCUAAUGUUCGAAAAAGACUUUACAGUUUAUACUGUCACGGCUGCAAAAUGUCUAUUGCCUGGAAUACUCCAUCUAUAAAGAAGACAGCAUAUGAAUAUGCGAUUCUUUUUUUCACAAGAACAUGCGGUCGUAAGAAAAAGAGUAACUUUUAUGCGGUUUUGGCCAUCACAAAGGCACUACUACCAAGUUUAACACAGUUUGGAAUUUCUAUUAUUACUUCUAAAACAUUUCAACUUAAAUUUAGUUUUUUUAACAGCUUUAAUCUGAAAAUGUUAUCUUAUAUUUUGUGCAACACCACUUUAGAAACCGUAAGUUUUUGCUACUUAUCAAACGCUCAUUGGCACCGUUGGUCAAAAUCAAAGCCAUAGGCAAUAUAUACACAGAUGAUACAUGAUGUGAAUCAUAUAACAAUGAAAACACAAAGUCAACUAAAGUCUAAAGAUAAAUCAAAUUUUUAAUGGUUCCAGAAGUUUUAAUUAAAUCAAAUGGCAUAUGUCUAGUUAUAGUUUCAUUCCUUGGAUAUAUUUCAAUAUGAAAAAGAAAAAAAAAAACAGAAAUGUACUAAUAAAAGCGGGAACCCAAACAACUCGGUUCUUCGUGUCUGCAUGGUAAUCUAAUCCCUGCGUACGAAAAGUUGUCCUAAUCUCUCUCUCUUCUUUCUCUUUACCGAUAAUCAUCAUAUCUUCUUCUCUCGCAAUGGCGACUCCAAGAUCACCGGCGACAGAUUUCUUCGGAAUCUCAAAGACAGCAUGCAAAGCAUACAAGUCCCUCGUCACCAAAUUGCACCCUCUCUCUUCUCAUCGCAAAUCCGACUCCAACGCCGAUUCCGCAAACCAUCUGGAGGAGAAAUUCGCGGAGGAGGAUGACCUGAUCGCUGCUAGAAAAGGUCUACGGUUACAAAGCAUGGACGAUAGCUCCGUCUUCAAACGCCGUUCUUCUUCUCUGCGAUCAAACUCCACCAGCAGCCGCCGCAGCCACACGCCGCAAGCUCGUCCGACCUACCUCUCCUCGUCCUCCUCCUCUUCCAACCGCCGAUCUUUUUUCUCAAGAAGCACCAGCCGCGGUCACAAAUCGCGCCCCGUCUCGAACAACGCGAGCCCCAUGACGUCGUCACCGAGCCCGACAGGGAAAGAUCAGACGUUAGCUGAUUUGUUCGGGGACGUGGAAGGGCUAACGUCUCCUCCUCCUCCUAUGAUUACGAAGAGCCGAAGCAAGAGAGAUAAAAAGAACAGCGGCUCUGUGGCGUUUAGGAAGAGCAAGAGCACGAGGGAUACGGCUGGUUCGAUGGGGAGGAGCAUAAGCAGGAGGAGCUCAACGCCGAUUGUUUUCUCGCAGUCGACGCCGCCGAAGAAGCCGCCGGCUGUGGAGAAAAUGCUUGAGUGUACGUUGGAAGAACUCUGCCAUGGGGGAGUCAAGAACAUCAAGAUCACUAGAGACGUCAUCACCGAUGAAGGAUUGAUUAUGAAACAAGAAGAGACGUUAAGAGUAAACAUCAAACCAGGAUGGAAGAAAGGGACCAAGAUCACAUUCGAAGGAGUAGGGAACGAGAAACCUGGCUACCUCCCGGAAGACAUCAUAUUCGUUGUUGAAGAGAAGAGACACUCUCUGUUCAAAAGCCGUGGAGAUGACUUAGAGAUUGCGGUCGAGAUCCCUCUCCUAAAGGCUUUAACGGGGUGUAAUCUCUCUGUGCCGUUGUUGAGUGGUGAGUCAAUGUCAAUAUCUGUAGGAGAAGUGAUCUUUCAUGGAUUCGAGAAGGCGAUCAAAGGUCAAGGUUUGCCAAAUGGUAAAGAAGAUGGUAGACGUGGGGAUUUGAUAAUAACUUUCUUAGUGAGUUUCCCUAGAGAGUUGAGCGAAGAGCAUAGAUCAAUGGCCUAUGAGGUCUUAAAAGAUUGUUCUUGGGCAUAAUUGUUGGUGAUUAUGGUGUCCCUUCCAUUCACUUCAUGUCUUGUGUGUAUUCUUGUUUGUAUAUAAGAUUCACAAGUUGAGGCUUUAAAGUUGUGACUUGUUGCUGUGAAUGAUACCAAUUGUUCUUUUAGUUUAUUUUCAAGCUUGUGAAGCCUCCAUAUCUACAGCUAUGAAUUGCAUGAUUGGUUUACCAAAAUAAGUGUAAUACUUCAAUAUCCAAUAAUAUAUUCAACGACCGCAUAGCGCAGUGGAUUAGCGCGUCUGACUUCGGAUCAGAAGGUCGUGGGUUCGACUCCCACUGUGGUCGCAAUUUUUUUUUAUUUUUGAGAUAUUUCCUUUUUGAGCUUUCUAGGAAAUUUGAAGCUGUAUAUUAACUGAUUUUUUUUUUGUUAUCUCAUUGCUUUCAACAAAAACAGUAACUCAAACGAACACUAACCCCUUCUCUAUUGAGCUUUUUGAAAGAUGAAACAAAAUCAGGUAAAGAUUCAUGAAACAUGAACAAGGUUGAUUGAUGAGCUCUGUUUGUAGCUUUGGAUCUCAAUAUAUUUAGUAUUCACUACUAAAACAGUAGUGUUUCUUUUAUCUCAUAUCUAUAAAAAGAACAAUGUAUUAUUCAUUAGGUGCUUAUAAAGAAAACAAAGACUCUCUUUGAACAAAGAUGUCCUUGUGCCAGAAACUCCAUAUAACCUUUUAUUUGCAAUUAAAGAACGGUCACAUAAGUUUCAGCAUCUUCAGCCUUGCUUCAUGCUCCGCAUCCAGCUUCGGGGGAGUGUAACACCCGUGAAGAUCCUCCACAAUGUACUCCUUUGUGAGCUCUCUCUUAGUGAGAAUAUGGUAAUGUCUCUGCCAUAUCCUUUGAAUAGCCAUAGUUGCAGCGAGAAAGCCAUACGCUAAACCAAGAAUGGCGAAGACGACAACAAAGACAA